AUGAAUGCUAUAUAUACUCUCGAGGCCAAGGCCCUCGCAAAAGACGAAGCGCAUAGGAAAAGGCUUGAGGAAGAGGUCGAGCUUUCAGUCGAGCGACGUAAGGCGCAGGAGCAAGACAAAGGCAAAGGCGAAAAUGUGUGGUUCUCUCGUCGGAUCAAAGACGGCCAUUUAUACCACUGGGCAUUAUUCAUGUACGGGAAGAAAUACGAGUUGAGACUCCCCUCGCGACAGAAGUACAAGAACCUACCAAAAGGACAUUUCGUCGGAUCCUUGGUGCCAUCAAUCGACUACGAGAGCAAGAUCGCGCCUUGGUCCAUGCAGGAGGAGAUGAUGCGGCUUCGACAGGAGAGCCUUGAUAGUGAGGGCAAGCCAUAUGCCCAGGACUACAACAUCUGCCAGAUUGGCUGGACUAAGCUAUCAGAGAAGAGAGUUGAUGAGGAAUGUGAGGCCGCUCAUAAAUCGUUUGGCGUAUACGUCCUCGGCUUCAACGACUGUCAGAGUUUCUUGCGGCAAUUUGCAAAGCGCAUCAUCAAGGAACCCGAAGACUGCGCCCUCGACUUCCCAUGGUUCGAGAAGAAUACCAAAACGCCAUAUCAUGAGUUACAGCUUAUUCCUGCUGAUGAAAACAUCAGGGCGUUUCAGUUUUAUAUGCGGACAGCCAUUUAUGGUUCUGUGGGCGCGACAGUCGGUGCACCCAAGCGACGUAUGGGCACCAAUAUCAGUCGCAAGAGCCAAUGGUGA